CCAUGGUGCCCUUUUCCAUUUUUAAUUUACAUUCCAGCAUCCGACCUUCUCUUCUUCUUGCUCUUCCUCCUCUCUCCUCGUCCUGCUCUCACUUCCUCUUCUCUCUCAUUACAGUCUUUUUCCCCGGUACUGUUGCUUCCACCUGACCUCAACUCGCAUCUUCUGAGACUCAGGCUGCUCUUCCCUACAAGACUCAUCGCUGCCCUCUCCGUGCCUACCUGUUCGCUUUAGCCCAGCACCACGCCGCACAUCGACAUCAACAUCCCGGCUCACCUCACCCGGUCUUUAUCUUGGCUCUGUUCGUUUCUCGUCACUCACUCAACCGUCACCACCACCACCAACAACAAACCCCGGAAGAACUGUUUUCUUUUCUUUUCUGGCCUGUUUGGCUCCUUUAAUACCCACUCCCAUCUUCUUGCUCUCUUGGAUUUCGCACGCCACACCCUUCAAAGGCACGGCACUCAAACGGCACCAACUCUUACGACUUUACACGACUAAUACCCCCCUUCUUCUCUCCCAUCGACUCGACAUUCGGUUUAAAAACCUCACCCGCGCAUCUUGCCAUAAUGCUUGUCCAAACUGUCCUCGUCGCAUUGAGUGCGACCCUGGCUGCCGCCGUCAAGCCCCUCACUGUCAAGGGCAAUGCCUUUGUCAACGACGCUGGCGAAAAGUUCCAGAUCGUCGGUGUCGAUUACCAGAUCGGCGGAAGCGCUGCCUAUGACCCCGUCCACAACCGCGACCCUCUCAGCAACGGCGAUGUCUGCUUGCGCGAUGCUGCCCUGCUACAGCGCCUCGGCGCCAACGCCAUCCGGGUCUACAACCUCGACCCCAACCUGAACCACGAUGCUUGCGCCUCCAUCUUCAACGCCGCUGGUAUGUACAUGAUCCUCGACGUCAACUCGCCCCUGCCUGGGGAGAGUCUCACCAGCGUGGAGCCCUGGACCAGCUACUACGCUGCCUACUUGAACCGCACCUUCGCCAUUGUCGAAUCCUUCAAGAGCUACCCCAACACGCUAGCUUUUUUCUCUGGCAACGAGGUCAUGAACGAUGUCAAGACAGCCGAGUUCGUUCCUCAGUAUCUGCGCGCUGUCACUCGCGAUCUGAAGAACUACAUCUCCAAGCAUGCCGACCGCCCCAUUCCUGUUGGGUACUCGGCCGCCGACGUCCGCGAGAUCCUUGUCGAUUCCUGGAACUUCCUGCAGUGUGCUGAGAACGGCGACGAGAAGGAUCCUAGCCGUAUCGACCUCUUUGGUCUUAACUCGUACUCUUGGUGCGGCGACUCUGACUUCAAGAAGUCCACCUACGACCAGCUCGUCUCAGACCUGAAGGAGUCUUCCGUUCCUAUUUUCUUCUCCGAGUUUGGCUGCAACCAAGUCACACCUCGUGUUUUCACUGAGAUUGGCGCCAUCUACGGCCCCGACAUGAAGGACCUCUUCUCGGGCGGCCUCGUCUACGAAUACAGCCAGGAGGACAACAACUUUGGCAUCGUCAAGGUCAACGACGACAAGUCUGUCGAGCUGCUGAUCGACUACACAAACCUCGCCACCCAGUACAAUAAGGUCGACUUCAAGUCUCUCCAGGCCGAGAAGGCGCCCACCAACUCCCCCAAGCCUCCCAAAUGCGAUUCGUCCCUGAUUAAGGAGAAGGGCUUUAACAACAACUUCACUCUGCCGGAUGUUCCCCCCGGAGCCCAGGAGCUGAUUGACAACGGCAUUAAGAACAAGCCUUCCGGUAAGAUCAUCUCCAUCUCCGACUGGACCGUCAAGCACAAGGUCUACGACGUUGGCGGCAAGACAGAGAUCACUGGCCUCGCCGUUUCGCCACUCGCCGACUCUGACGCCAACACUCCCGGCACCAACACGGGCGGCUCGACUGCUCCCGCCGCCAGUGGCACUUCCACUCCUACCGGCACUGGCACUACCUCUUCUUCCACCCCGUCGACGAGCAACAACCCUGCAGUUCCGUUGCGCCCCAAGGUUGCUGCCAUGGCCGCGCCUCUGCUUGCUCUCCUUUUCUUGUAAAAGCUCUAGGAGCAUACGCUGGAUGUUGUAUGUGGUUUAUCCGUAAGGUUUGGAGGUAAUGCAUGACUUGGCUUCUUUCUGGCAUCAUAGAUUCCCCGCGGUUUGUUUUAGAACCCUCAAUUGAUACAUUUAAAGAGGUUGCCCUCCUUCUGCUGUGUCACUAUGUUGGACAAUCCCGAAGCUCAUCCUUAUCACUCUCGGAAGGUUCAACAUCGCAACAAAACAGAGGCUCUCCUGGUUUAAGGUAUACGUCUGGGAUAUCAUUGCGCUUGCGACAUAGUCGUCGGGACUGCGAACCCUUCUAUGUUAUGUGGCGAUGUUCCUGAAGCUCGGUUGCAUACUGUUCUUGUUACACUUCGUCGUCAGAUUGUUCCUAAAAGAUAUGCUGUGGGAUACGCAUUGACAAACUGAGCUCGACAUCCCAAAGAUUUGAACAUUCAGAUGCUCAAUAGGGCGAGACAACCUCCGGGUGCGCAUCAAGGACAAAGUAUCUGAGUGAGUGAUGCGUACGGCCUCACUUGCGGAACUUAGUAUGCUCCAAGCCGGUAUAUAAACAUCUAUGAGUGUUUUCUCAACUUAUACCGAGAAAACGCUAGGCAGUAGGAACACGCCUUGACGACAUGGCAUGGCUAGCCCCACCGCCGUUUACCGUCAACUGACUGCAGUACCACCGACUGUAGAGACGCUUUCUCUUCUUAUGUUAUGGGUAAUUAUUCCUGAUUCCGAUACAAUCGGUGUGAUAGCUUGGAAACUCGUGUCUGCAAGAAAGAUGUGAUACUAAGUUUGGGGCUUUUUGAGUCUUGUCUCGGGCAAAUCGAUUGAAUGAAUGCUCGCAACCCUGGAUGCUUACUUCGUCUGUGUCAGUGUUAUCGAUGCAUUUGACUGCGGAUUAGAAUAUGACCAGAGCCACUCCAGCAAAGAGACCUGAAAGAGGACAUUUGUGAUUGCAAAAAUAAUGGAUUCCGGAUCGCAUGACAAAAGGCUUGCAUUAGGUAUUCAAGGUAGGCAUGAGUGUAUUCGCGACUUCCAGUGGCAGCGCGACAUGUAAAUAACACCCCGGUAGGGCUUUUCCCGGGAUG